AUGGAGCCAGGGUUGUGGCUCCUUCUCGGGCUCACAGUGACCUCCGCUGCAGGAUUUGUGCCUUACCCCCAGCCUGGAGGCUCUGGCAGAACCAGCGUGUCCCAGGCCCCCCCUGAAGCUGGCUCAGAGGGGGACUGUGAAGAGACUGUGGCCCCAACAGCUGCACAGCCUGCAAGUCCUGGAAGUGCUGGUCCAGAACGGGGAGCGGGCAGGUCUGGGGAGCAGGAGGCUCAGGGGGUCCCUGCACACCACCGACCCCGGCGGUGCACAUGCUUCACAUAUAAGGACAAGGAGUGUGUCUACUACUGCCACCUGGACAUCAUCUGGAUCAACACCCCUGAACAGACUGUGCCCUAUGGACUGUCCAACUACAGAGGAAGCCUUCGGGGAAAGAGGUCCUCCGGGCCAUUUCCAAACAGCUCCCAGCCUUCUUCACGGACACACUUGCGCUGUGCUUGUAUGGGAAGAGAAGACAAGGCCUGUGCACUCUUCUGUGCACACAGUGCAGAUAUCAACAGGCUGAAGUCAAGGACAGAUAAAGUCCGCCCGUAG